AUAGUAGGAAAAAGUGCCCCAAGGUUGAAGACACACCCAAUAAUAUAUUAUUUAUUUAUAUAUUUAUUUAAUUUUUUAUUACCGCCUACUACAGCGCGUAGGCAUCCUGUUUGUUCACAUUGAUCAUUCGUAGUGAAGCUUGUUUUGGAAAACACGAGUCAAGAGUCUGAAAAGAAACCGAAAGUGUGUCACAGCGGCUCAGAGUGAAGCACUUUAAAUUCUGUCCUGGCAAAACAUUCGACAGUAGUACGUUUAUUUGACAAAUACGUAUUUUAGGUUUUUAAUCCGCUAUCGAUGUAUUCCAGUGUUUGAACCAUAUUUGAAGUGUGAAGAUGAAUUUAAGCAAGAGGAGCUAUGAAUUAUGACCUUAAAUAUGAUGUCAGCUGUUAUGCUUUAGGGAAACACUUCAGGGAGAAGUAACAGCAUUAUCUAACAACAUGGCAGCAGCCGCAGGUAAUCACUUCGAGUGGCAGCUUUUUAAUGGACAACAGUGGGUUUCUAUCUUUAAUGAUUUUGUCAUUGAAGCCCAUUACUGUCAGCCAGGGGCGAAUGGGAUCACCCUAAACCUUAACAAGGGGCCUGCCUUUAUUGACUUUGAUGAAAUGACAGUCGACGGUGUUGCCUUCACUUGUGUACGGCGUAAUACGCUGCUGUCUCCUAACCAGAAAGAAGUAAUAGGCUGGUACUACGAAGAUAACCGUCACUGGUGUGAAUAUGGAUCUCAUGGAUCGGGUGGGAGGUCAUCUUCGAUUAGAAGUGAUUUUAUAGAGCAGCAGUACAACAGAAACCCAAGGGGCUCAGUCCAGUUUACAGUAGGACGCAUGACUUACAAAGUGGACUUUACUGCUAUGACUCAAACCAAUCUGUCCACAUACAUGUUGAGGAAAGUGAGACGGCGGCCAAAAUUCAAUGAAGUAGUAAUGGACAACAGCAGUAAUCAAAACAGUUUACCGACUCUGGCUUCUCCCCCUGCAAACCCUUCAAAUUCUUCCUCUCAUUACAUCUGGGAGUUUAUGGGUGAUGAGGGUAUUUGGACCGAGUACCAGAAACCAGGAUGUUCGCUGGAUAGUGCAGAAAUCGAGAGGUUGUAUCAGCUUAACCCACAGUGCCAAGUUUCGUUCACAGUCAGACGAUUCUCUUACACUCUUUACUUUAGUGGAAUGUAUCAAGUGAACAACAAAUAUGGUACAAAUAGAGCUGUCAGGAGAAUUGCCAGUGGAAUCCAGCCAACAAACAGUACAUCGUCACAAGCUCGCUGGCAGUUCAAAGACAUGGAUGGCCAAUGGAAGGACUAUAUUAAAGGUGGCUCUCGGGGAUGUUGCAGUGUGUCAAGUCAAGAUAUUGAAGCAGAGUACCAGCAGGACUCCACUGGGACAAUGAGUUUCAGAGCGGGCAGAUUUAACUACGAGAUAGACUUCUCAGACAUGACCCAGACCAACCAGUCCACUAACACCACAAGAUCUGUACGCCGCCUUUAGCAAUAAGACCUCACCUGCCUCUUUUUGUUUACUUUAAUAUGUACUUGUAGCUUUAGUUUAUAUGAAUGAUCUCAGGACGCCGGUUCACACGAUGUCUGCUGGCCAUUCUCAGAAAGUGUGAUACCAAAUAUCAAAAUUAUGUUCAAUUUGUCCAUGCUAACCCAUGUGCCUAUAUUGCUUUAUUAAUUGCUAUAAAAAGUGGUUCUCAUGGUGAUUGUUCUAUUCUUUAUAUUUUUUCUUUUCAAUGCAUUUACUAUGAUUUGAAGAUUGCUUUUCCUGUGCAAUACAUUUUAUGACAGCUUUCAAGGUUUUUUUAUUUUAAAUUUUUUUUUAAACUGCCGAUUAAUUUUAUGGGAGUCAUUAUAUAUUAAAAAAAACGUUUACAAUAUUUGUGAAGUCCUAAUAAUCCAUGCACAGCUUUGACACCUACUGACAAAUUCAUUUUCUUUGAGUUUUUCCAUGACUUCCAUCUUGAUUAUAACUUUUUACAUUUUUAAAAUUGUUUAACCCCUUAACUGUCACCUGUGGGACGCUUGGCGCUCUUUUUUUCGUUGUCUUUUUUCUCUAUCAAAUAUUUAAGUUAUCAUAAAUUAUAUAUGAUUUGAAAGCUUAAAACCUCAAAAUUCAUCCUGUGAAAACCAUUUUCAAAUCGGACAUUGCUUUACCAUGGAAAUUGUACUUUAAAAUCUUUUGGCAGUCUCCUCCCCCUUAGUGGGCGGUGUCAAGUGCCAUAUUACACAAUGUAUUACGGUCUUUUAGAAUCAAAACCUUUUAUAAUCUUAACAAAAUACAUAUUGCCGGUAAGGUCUGACUCUCAGGAUUCCAUAUUUGGUUGUCUUUUUGUGAUCGGAGUAAUAUUGACAGAGAAAUUUAGACAUUUGUGACAGAAAAAUGCAUUAAAAAAAAUUCAAUGGAGUUGAUUGGCACCCGGUGGCUGUUUGUGGUAUGACGCCCUAAAUAAAAUCUCACAGGAACCUCAAUUUUUCUCAUAUCAACUUCAAAUUUGGAACAUAACUUAUUGAGACAUAAGGCUUUAAUUUUAUGCCAAUUUUAGAGUAAAACCUGUUAUGUAAAAUAUUUAUUUUAUAUAAAAUAUAUCAUAUUUUGUAUUUUCUUUACAGUAAAUUUAAACUUCUAUAACUUUUUGAUGCUUUCAUAUUUUAAAAUAAUUCCACUUUUGCAGUAAUCUGCUGAUUGUCCUCUUUAAAAAGAGUCCAACCUUAUGUCUGUAUUACAAAGCAUUCAUGAAUUAUAAGAAUUUAAGUUUGGAUAGUGCACUUUCAUGUAUACGUUCAAAAAUGGGGGUGACAGUUAAGGGGUUAAAAAAUUGAUUUACUACCAUUACACAUUAAGCUUUUUAAUUGCAUUGUAUUUACUUUUUUGGGGGGGGGGGGGCUUCAUUAUAUGCACUAAUGAAUAUUUUCAAUGUCAGUCUGAUGAAUUGUAUAAAUUCAGUUACCACUCAGUAAAGACUAGUAAAAUUAUUUUACAAUGAUUUCCAUUCUUUCUACUUCUAAACUAUCUGUGGUGCCAUAUGCUUCAAUAACAUCCUCUAUGCUUCAAUAAUAACGGACCUUUAAAAUACAAAUAAAUACCCUUUAAAUAAUCAAUUUAUUUGAUUCCAAAAUCACCAUCUUUCCAACCAUCCAGUUCACAUUUUUUUUUUAAAUCAAAACAAUCCAGAUGUUUUAUCUACAUUAAUCGAGACUAUUUGAAAACUGCAUGUAGUGAAACA